AGCGGACAGGGCGGCUUCCGGGUUUGGCGGGGACUUUGUCUCUCGCUUCAGUCACAGCUGCAGGUCUCGUCUUACCUGGUCUGUGUCCUCUUCUCGUAGAGGCCCAGCCUCUGUGGCCCUGUGACCUGCAGGCGUUGGGAGAUCCCCAGCUAAGACGCCAGGUCCCCCUGGAAGCCUAGAAAUGAUGGAGUCUUGCUCUGUUGCCAGACUGCAGUGUGGUGGCACGAUCUCGGCUCUCUGCAACCUCCACCUCCCUGCAAUCUCCACCUCCCAGGUUCAAGCAAUUCUCCUGCCUCAGCCUCCUGAGUAGCUGGGAUUAUAGGGACCACUGACAUUUAGGGAUGUGACUGUAGAAUUCUCUCUGGAGGAGUGGCAAUGCCUGGACACUGUUCAGCAGAAUUUAUAUAGGGAUGUGAUGUUAGAGAACUACAGAAACCUGGUCUUCCUGGGUAUUGCUGUCUCUAAGCCAGACCUAAUCACCUGUCUGGAGCAAGGAAAGGAGCCCUGGAAUAUGAACAGACAUGAGAUGGUAGCCAAACCCCCAGUUAUGUGUUCUCAUAUUGCUGAAGACCUUUGGCCGGAGCAAGACAUAAAAGAUUUUUCCCAAAAAGUCAUACUGGGGAGACAUGAUAAAUGUGAACAUGAGAAUUUACAAUUAAGAAAGGGCUGUAAAAGUGUGGAUGAGUGUAAGGUUUGCAAAGGAAGUUAUAAUGGACUUAACCAAUGUCUGAUAACUACCCAGAGGAAAAUAUAUCAAUGUGAUAAAUAUGUGAAAGUCUUCUAUAAAUUUUCAAAUUCAGAUAGACAUCAGAUAAGACAUACUGAAAAGAAAACUUGCAAAUGUAAAGAAUGUGGCAAAUCAUUUUGCAUGCUUUCACAACUAACUCAACAUAAGAGAAUUCAUAUUAAAGAGAAUUCCCACAAAUGUGAAGAAUGUGGCAAAGCCUUUAACAAGUCCUCAGCCCUUACUCGACAUAAGAUGACUCAUACUGGAGAGAAACCCUACAAAUGUGAAGAGUGUGGAAAAGCUUUUAACCGGUCUUCACACCUUACUCAACAUAAGAUAAUUCAUACUAGAGAGAAAUCCUACAAAUGUGAAGAGUGUGGCAAAGCCUUUAACCGGUCUUCACACCUUACUCAACAUAAGAUAAUUCAUAGUAGAGAGAAGCCCUACAAAUGUGAUGAAUGUUGCAAAGCCUUUGACUGGUCCUCAGCUCUCACUACUUUUACUCAACAUAAGAGAAUUCAUACUGGAGAGAAACCCUACAAAUGUGAAGAGUGUGGAAAAGCCUUUAAACAGUCCUCAGCCCUUACUCGACAUAAGAUGAUUCAUACUGGAGAGAAACCCUACAAAUGUGAAGAGUGUGGCAAAGCUUUUAACCGGUCUUCACACCUUACUCAACAUAAGGUAAUUCAUACUAGAGAGAAACCCUACAAAUGUGAAGAGUGUGGAAAAGCCUUUAACCGGUCUUCACACCUUACUAAACAUAAGAGAAUUCAUACUAGACAGAAGGCCUACAAAUGUGAUGAAUAUUGCAAAGCCUUUAACUGGUCCUCAGCUCUUACUACCCUUAUUCAACAUAAGAUAAUUCAUACUGAAGAGAAACCCUACAAGUGUGAAGAGUGUGGCAAAGCCUUUAACCGGUCUUCAUACCUUAUUCGACAUAAGAUAAUACAUACUGGAGAGAAACCCUACAAAUGUGAAGAGUGUGGUAAAGCCUUUAACCAAUCUUCACACCUUACUCAACAUAAGUUAAUUCAUACUGGGGAAAAGCCCUACAAAUGUCAAGAAUGUGGCAAAGCCUUUAACCGGUCUUCACACCUUACUCAACAUAAGAUAAUUCAUACUGGAGAGAAACCCUACAAAUGUGAAGAGUGUGGCAAACCUUUCAAUCGUUUCUCAUACCUUACCAUACAUAAGAGAAUUCAUGCUGGAGAGAACCCCAACAAAUGUGAACAAUGUGGCAAAGCUUGUAACCAUUCCUCAAACCUUACGAAACAUAAUUCAUAAUGGAGAAAAACCCUACAAAUGUGAAGAAUGUGUCAAGGCUUUUAACUGUUCAUCAAUCCUUACUAAACAUAAGGGAAUUCAUAAAAGAGAAGCCCUACAAAUGUGAAGAACGUGGCCUGGCUUCUAACAAAUCUUCAACAUUCACCAAGCACAAAAUAAUUCAUGCUGGAGAUAAACCCUUGAAAUGUGAUGAAUGUGGCAUAGCCUCUACCCAGUUCUCAACUCUUACUAAACAUGAGAACUCAUGUGGAAGAUAAAACCUACGAAUGUGAAGAAUGUGACAAAGCCUUUAAAAGUUCUCAACUCUUAUUACACAUAAUUUAUACUGGACAGAAAUCCUAAAGUGUGAAGAAUGUCACAAAGCCCUUAACAAGUCCUCAAUUCUUAACAUAUAUAAGAUGUUUCAUACUGGAGCGAAACUACAAUCUUGAAUGAUGUCACAGUGCUUUUCUAAACAUAAAAAGAAAAAAAAAUACUAGUGCAAAACUCUAGAAAUAUAAAGAUUGUGAAAAAACUUUUAAAUGGUUUUCACACUUGAUUGCAGGUAAAAUAAUUUAUACUGGAGAAAACUCCAAGUGUGAAGGAUAUAAUUUUUAACCAGUGUUCACAGCUUAUUGUACAGGAAAGCAUUUAUAGUUGAGAAACAGUAUACAAAUAUAAAGAAUGUGGAAAAGUCAUUAAUAAUCUGCUCACAUAUUACACAACAUCAGAGAGUUCAUACUUAAUAAAAGUAUUAUAAAUACAAUUACUUUCAAAUGAUCUGUCAGAAAUAUAAGCCUUUAAAGUGAAGAAGAGUUUAUUCUGAGACAAACAUUACAAAUAUAAAGGGGGUUGUAGUGCUUUUACUUGUAUCAUUUUAUUGUACACAUUUUGUACUAGACAACCCUGAAGCAGUUGCUAAAAUUUUGUUCAGCAUUAGGAAAUUUAUAUUAGAGAAGAAUUCAGCAAAUGUAAUGAAUUUGGAAAAACAUUUUUUCCAUAACUAUAGCUUAGAAAAUGCCAGAGCUCAUACUAAAAUAUACUUUUGCAGAUGCAAUAAAUACAAAGAAAUAUUUAAUUCAAAUUGAGUUUAUAUAAUUAUCAGAGAAUUAACAGUAGAAAUAGCUAAGACACUGACACUUCAGACAUUGCACUAAAUCAGACUGCUGUGUAUAGAAAAUGCAAAACUACUGUUCAUAAGUAGAUUAAUUUUAUAUAACUUUAAAAUGUGUAGACAUUUCUUUGAAAAGUCAUAAUUACACUCAAGUAUACUUUUUUGGUAAAAUCAUAAAACUUUUAAAAAGUAAAUAAUGAUGUAAGUCAACUCUCAAAUUACUUCAUGGUAUUUCUUCAUUUCUGUUGUAUUCACCUGUGAAAGCAUGUGAUUAACUAUUGCUGCAUCAGAGAUAUGAGAGAUACUUUAUUAGGUGGGAAUUACAUAUGACCUCUUCUAUAAAAGAGUAAGGACACUGAAAUGUAAGAUGCAUAGGAAUCUAAGUGAAGAGGCUCUUUGUGGUUAACUUAGUGAUGUAUGAGGUAGCUGUUCAGAGUAAUAUUCUUUCAAGUUAUGAGAGAAAAACAUUUUUAAUUUUAGUUAAAUGUAAGUUAAAAUUAACUAAAAUAGUACCAUAUAAUGUUACUGAUUGUGCUUUUAUGUAAUAAAAUGCAGGACAUUAAAAAAUUUUUAGAUUAUGUGUGGACUUUAUAAUUAAAUAUUUUCUUUUACCACAUUAAGACUAUUGUACAUUCUGGUUGGGCACAGUAGCUCACGCCUGUAAUCCCAACACUUUGGGAGGCUGAGGCAGGCAGAUCACUUGAGGCCAGGAGUUCGAGACCAGCCUGGCCAACAUGGUGAAACCUUGUCUCUACUAAAAAUACAAAAAUUUAGCCAGGCAUGGUGGUGGGUGCUUGUAAUCCCAGCUAUUUGGGAGAUUGAAGCAAGAGAAUCACUUGAACCCAGGAGGCAGAGAUUGCAGAGAGCCAAGAUCACGCCAUUGCACUGGAGUGCAGCCUGGGCAACAAGAGCAAGACCCCGUCUCAAAAAAAAAAA